AUGUCUCAAUUAAAGCUUUCCUCUCCUACCGAAUCUUUUUCAAGCAACAAAAUAAAUAAUUUACAAAAUGUUCAGGAUUCUAGUGAAAUCAUUAAUGGUGGCGGCGGCGAUCACUUGGUAGAUGAAAUAAAAGCAACAUGUGAAUUACAAUGGUCAAAUUUGGUACAUGCUGAAAUUAUAUCUGUUACAAGUGCAAUGAGAAAAAAUUCUCGAUGGUCUGGUAUGAACGUAACUGGUUUAAAUAUGGGUGGAUUGGGUAUAAACAUGGGUUUAAGAAGAGUUUACGUUGCUGAGAUAGGUUAUAGAAAUCAAGAAAGUCCAUUGCUGAUUGGUUUUUCAAACCUUAGAUCUCAUUUAUCAACUAUUUCAGGAUUAAAUGAGAUUGAUGCAGUGGUAUUACUAGAGCCUUUUUUGGAAGUUAUCAAAUCUGGAGAUACGAAUGGUCCUAUAACUGCAACAGCACUUGGAAGUGUGGAGAAAUUUUUGACAUAUGGAAUUUUAAAUAUGAAUUCACCAAAUCUGCCUCAAGCAAUGUCGAUGCUAUCAUCUGCUGCAACUCAUUGUAAAUUUGAAGGAAGUGAUUCUGUAUCAGAUGAAUUUGUGCUCUUGAAAAUUUUACAGGUGCUAAGAUUAUCUUUAACUUCUGAAGUUGGUCGAGUCCUUAGCGACGAGGCUCUUUGUGUUAUGAUGGAGACUGGUUUAAGCAUGUGUUGCCAAAUGAGACUUAGUGAAAUGCUGCGUAGAUCAGCAGAACAUACAAUGAUUGUAAUGGUUCAAAAUAUACUCAAAUCUUUGGAGGAAAAACCAUCGUCAUUAUUUUCUCGUGAAAAUGGUGACGGUGAAAAUGACUCUUCUCAAGAUUUACAAGUUCGCAUGGCACCACCAGAUCCAAAAUCACCUCAUCUUCCUUUAUCCAUGGAAAACAUCACUGAUCCAUUCAAUAAUAUUAGCAAUAAUAACACAAAUACUAUUUCAAUUUCUAAUAAUGAUGAUUUGGUAAAGUUAGAUAGAAAAGGAGAAGAGGUGGUAGAAGAUGACGAGCUAGAUUUAUAUUCGUACCAUCAAUUAGAUGUCGAAUACCCUAAACCAUUUGGAGUACCUUCAAUACGUGAAUUACUUCGUGUUCUCAUAUCAUUACUCAAUCCUCACGAUCAUCAACACACUGAUACUAUGCGACUCAUGGCUCUUGGUAUUUUGAAUGUGGCAUUUGAAGUUGGUGGUCGGACGAUAGGUCGAUUUGAAGUUUUACGUAAUCUUGCUGUCGAUGAAUUGUGCAAAUAUCUUUUCCAAUUGGCACGUACAGACAACAUGAUAUUGUUAUCAUUAACAAUUCGUGUUAUCUCAACAGUUUUCGGCACACUUCGUCCAUAUCUUAAAUUACAACAAGAACUUUAUCUAUCAUUUUUAAUUGAAAGGUUAACACCACCAUCGUACAGUCUAAGAUCUCUUGCAUUAAAUGAGGCAUUUUCUAGUACUAACACCGAUAAUUCUCUGCAACUUGAUCCUGGCAUUCCAAUAUCACCAAAUCGUGAGCAACGUAAUUUUAAAAUGAGUGAUGUUUCAUAUGCUACUGGUGAAAUCCGUGAAUUAUUGUUAGAAUCAUUGGGACAAUUUGCUAGAGAGUCUUCUUUCAUGGUUGAUUUGUGGGUUAAUUAUGAUUGUAAUGUUGAUUGUGGCGAUUUGUUUGAGGAGGUUAUUAAAUUCUUAAGUAAGAAUUCUUUCCCCGACUCCAUUGGAUAUUCUGUGAGCAAUUCACAUACAAUAUGUUUUGAUGCACUUUUAAUGUUUGUAAAUCAUAUGAUAGAUCGGUUACAGGAAAAUGUUAGUAAUGCAUCUAGUUGUGAAUUAUCUUGGGAUCAAUUGACAGCAGCUGAUUAUAAUUCAGGAUUAAAACCAAAGCGUAAACAACAAAAACAAAUAUUACGUGAAGGGGCAGCAAAAUUUAAUGAAAGCCCUAAAGCAGGAUUAGAAUUUCUUAAAGCAAAUAGGAUCAUUUAUAGCGAUAAUACGGUCGAUGAAAAUACUAGUACUGCAAUAUUUUUAAAAUCAACACCACGUCUAAAUAAAAUUGUUCUUGGUGACUUUUUAUCAAAACCUUCAAAUUUUGAAAUUUUAAAAGCUUUUGUAAAACUUUUUAAUUUCCAAGGAAGGAGAAUUGAUGAAGCCAUGAGAGAAAUGCUUGAAUCAUUUAGAUUGCCGGGUGAGGCCCAACAAAUUGAAAGAAUCAUGGAAACAUUUGCUAUAACUUAUUUUGCUACUAAACCAGCUGAAAUUGCAUCACAAGAUGCUACAUUUGUUUUAGCGUAUUCAGUUAUAAUGUUGAAUACUGAUUUACAUAAUCCACAAGUUCGGCGACGCAUGACAAUUGAAGAUUAUAUGAAAAAUUUAAGAAAUGUUAAUAAUGGACAAAAUUUUGAUACAGAAUAUUUGCAUGCCAUUUAUGAUGCCAUUCGUAAAAAAGAAAUAAUAAUGCCUGAAGAACAUGAAGGUCAACUUGGAUUUAAUUACGCAUGGAAAGAAUUGUUACAUAGAGCCGAAAGUGCAGGACCAUUUAUAAUAUGCGACGUUUCUUUGUAUGAUAAAGACAUGUAUACGACAGUAUGGAGACCUACAGUGGCAGCUAUUUCCUAUGCAUUUAGUACAGCUCCAGAUGAUGCAACUUUACAAAAGGCUAUUAAUGGAUUUCACCAAUGUGCAUUAUUAUCAGCUCAAUAUAAAUUAUAUGAAGUCUUUGAUUAUAUAAUUAUGUCAUUGGCAAAAAUGACAGGACUGCUUGGUUCCAGAUAUUCUAAUGAGACUGCCAGUAAUCCAAUUAUUAAAGUUCAAGGUAUUGAAAUCACAGUAAGUGACUUAGCAAUUCAAUUUGGAAGAAAUUAUAAAGGACAAUUAGCUGCUGUUGUUUUAUUUGCCGUUGCUAAUGAACAUGGAAAUGUAUUAAGAGAUGGAUGGAAAUAUAUUUUAGAAAUUAUAAAGAAUCUUUUUGUAAAUUCAUUAUUACCAAGUUCAAUGAUACAAGUGGAGGAUUUUUUGGCCGGUACAACAACAAUUCCGCUUAAACCAAAAACCACCAAUACAUUUCCAAAGCAAGAAAGACGUGACAAUUCUUUAUUAUCGGCAUUAUCAUCUUAUUUAUUAUCACCAUAUUCAAGUAAUUACGAAUCUUCAAGAAGUGCACCUACAGAAGAAGAAAUAGAAUGUACCAUGUGUACAGUUGACUGUGUUAAAGCAUGUCACUUGGAUGACAUAUUUGCUGAUAUAAGGUUUGCACUUAAAUUUAUUGCAGAUGGAAAUACAACAACAAAAACCAGUAAUAAUAAUAAUACCACCACUACUAAAUUAUCUUAUCCACCAACACCUCAUACCACAUACUCACAACGACAGUCACCGAAAAGCAAAUCUCAAAAUAAUAGUAUUCUGUUAGUUGAGAGAACAGUUGUUGCAUUGCUUAGAUUGUGUAUUCGUCUGACACAUAAAGAUGAAAUGGUAUUUGAUAUCUUGCUAGCAUUAGAACUAUUAGCGACAUUACCACAUGACGUAAUAAAUUCUGUUGGUGAACAAAUGAUGGCAGGAAUAUUAAAUAUCAUUAAAUCAGAUCCAUCAUGUAUCAAAGGCAAAAGGCCAUGGGAAUCAGUAUUCAAAUUACUUAGAGCAACAUCAACACAUCCGCAAGCAUCUAAAUAUUCAUUUGACGUCAUUACAUUUUUGAUUAAAGAAAAGAAAAGUAUCAAUCUUGAUAAUUUUAAUGAUUGUGUAGAACUUUUGGCAGAAUUUGCUUCAGCUGCUACAUUUCCAAUAGACCAACAAGAUCAACAGUUUACUGAAUUAUCAAAUCCAAAGAAUUUAAGAGCUAACCUUACCAAAACCCAAUCAGCUAUUAUAGAUAGAGCAAAAGAAGCAGUUGUAUUGAUGAAUAUGUUGUAUAUGGAAAUACCAAACUUACUAAGUGAAACUGGGAAAUCUCCAAGAGAAGCAUGGUCAAAUUAUUGGUUACCAAUAUUAACUGGAUUUAGUCAACAAUGUUAUAGUCCAUGUCUUGAAGUUAGACAAAAUGCGAUAUCAUGUUUGCAACGAUCGCUUUUAAAUCCACAACUUGUAUCACAUGGUGGUACAGAAUGGGUAUUGGUAUUUGAUCUUGUGCUGUUCCCAUUGUUGGAUCAACUAUUAAAACCAGAAAUCUAUCAAGCCGAUCCAGUUGGUAUUGACGAGUCUAGAAUAAGAGCAUCGGCUCUAUUAUGUAAAAUAUUUUUACAUUAUUUGAAUAGAUUGAUUGAAUGGGGUGGAUUGAUUACAUUGUGGUCUCAAGUUUUAGAUGUAAUGGAGAAAUAUAUGUUUACAGGCGAUAAUGAUUCAUUGAGAGAAGCAGUUCCCGAAUCAUUAAAGAAUAUGUUAUUGGUAAUGUUAACUUCUGGUGUUUUGAUUCCUCCAGGAUCAUCGUCAUUAAAAAAUGGAAAUAAUAAGCUUAAUGAAAAAGCAUCAAUUGAGAUAUGGGAAAUUACAUGGAUAAAAAUUAAUAAAUUUUUACCAAAUCUUAAAAUAGAAUUAAAUUUAAAUUAG